GGCCCCAGCAGGAUGACCAGCAGCCACACAGACUGCCAUUUCUGCCUGCAGUCUCUGCGUGGCAGGAAAUACGCACUGAGGGAUGAGAACGCUUACUGCGUCCCGUGUUACGACAGCCUGUACGCCAACCCCUGCCAAGAGUGCAAGCUGCCCAUUGAGUGCAGCUCCAAGGAUCUGGCCUACAAAGGCCGCCACUGGCAUGAGGGGUGCUUCAGGUGUGCCAAGUGCUGUCGCUCACUCGUGGAGAAACCAUUUGCUGCCAAGGACGAGGUCUUGCUGUGUACUGAGUGCUACUCUGAUGAGUAUUCAUCCAAGUGUUUUCACUGCCAGAAGACCAUUAUGCCUGGUUCACGUAAAAUGGAAUUUAAGGGAAGCUCCUGGCAUGAAUCCUGUUUUGUUUGCCAGUAUUGUCAGCAACCAUUGGGAACAAAACCAUUAAUCACCAAAGACAAUGAGAAUUACUGUGUGCCCUGUUUUGAGAAGCAAUUUGCUCACCAUUGCUAUGCUUGCAAAAAGGUUAUAACUUCUGGAGGAGUGGCCUACCAUGACCAGCCUUGGCAUAAAGAAUGCUUUGUGUGUGCUGUGUGUAACACUCAGCUGUCUGGACAAAGAUUCAUUUCCAAAGAUGAGUACCCAUACUGUGUAGACUGUUUCAGCAAAUUUCAUGCCAAGAAGUGUGCUGCUUGCAAGAAACCUAUUGCAGCUCUUGGAGGUGCCAAAUACAUCUCAUUUGAGGAGCGCCAGUGGCACGGGGAAUGCUUUAGCUGCACAAAAUGCUCUGUUUCCCUGGUGGGCCAGGAAUUCCUCACUCAGCAGGAUGACAUCCUUUGCCACAAAUGUGGCUCUGCUUCAUAGUUCUGUGGAAAGAUGUACAGCUGCAGUAUUCUCACUCUGUAGCAAGGUAGUUCAUUGGUCUGCUGUAAGGAAACCAGAUAAAAGGUAGUAGAGUUAUUUCAUCAUUCAAGUAACUUUCCAACAGCAGUUUAACAUAUUCAUAAUUCUCAAUUUCUUAUAAACAAAAAUUAAACAACUGCCCCAUACUGGCUAAUAAAACAAUGCAGAAAAAGAUUUGUAUAUAUUUUAAGCCUAACUCCAGUAUGUUUUCCUUGUAACACACUGCACUCUGCUGUUAGAAGCCUAAAAAUUUAUCUUUUAUCACCUCUGAAUCAAAAAGGAUUGUGAAAUGUCUGUUUGGCAUAUGAAUAAUGAUGAGGCAUUAGCACUGACUCACAGAUGCAGAUCUUCCUACAGAAAGCUGGGAACAAGCAUUUUUCUCUUGGAUCAUAACAUUGAAGAGAACACCUUGUAAAUAUUAUAUUCUUCCAUACUUUGGGCAAAAAAGAUGCUGACAAAGCAGGCAAAAAUUGUGAGUAGGAGAUGCUUUCACAUUGAGGAAUGCAGUCAGAAAGGCCCAUUCCAUGGGCCAAUUCAAUACAAAAAAGGUCACUUUCCUUCCCUUACUGGGAUUGCUACCCAAAGAACUCACUCAAAACACUAAAGCACAGGCCCUUUCCCAAAACUGGGUAACUGUACUUAAAUCUUUAGGCAUAGCUGCUCUAAAACAUAAAUAAACCCAUAUUUUCAGCUACUGUGAGAGGUAAGGAAUGCCCAAGAUUGAAUAGUGCUGAUGUACAUUUUCCCAUAACGAAUAUGCCUUAAGACUUUGUUUCCUCUAUUUUUGCUAUACCUUCAAUACAGGCCUAAAAUAUACUUUUUUAUUAGUUGACUGAAGAGCCAACUCAUAGUGGUCUAUUUAACCUCGUACCUUCCUUCAUUCAAAACUGCUUUGCCAGCAAUUGAAGCCCUGUU